AUGGAGAACGCAAACAAUGUGUCAGAAUUCAUCCUCUGGGGACUUACCUUGGAUCCGAACUUACAGAAAGCCUAUUUUGGGCUCUUUUUGGUCUUUUACACAGCAAUUGUGUUGGGGAACCUACUUAUCAUUGUCACGGUCAAGAGGAGCCCCCGUCUGAACUCUCCCAUGUAUUUCUUCCUUAGUUUCCUCUCCUUCGUAGACAUUUGCUACUCCUCUGUUACUGCUCCCAAACUGAUUGCAGACUUCCUUGUCAAGAAGAAGACCAUCUCCUUUACUGGUUGCAUAACACAGCUAUUCUUCAUCCAUUUCUUUGGCGGCACUGAGGUCUUUCUUCUCACAGUAAUGGCAUAUGACCGGUAUAUAGCCAUCUGCAAGCCCCUCCAUUACACAAAUAUUAUGAAUAAGGGUGUAUGCAGUUGGCUGGUGGCAGCCUCAUUUCUGGGAGGGUUUGUUCAUUCAGUAAUACAGACUCUCCUCACCAUAAAUCUUCCCUUCUGUGGGCCCAAUGAAAUUGACCACUAUUUCUGUGAUGUCCACCCUUUACUGAAGUUGGCCUGUGCUGAUACUUACAUUGUUGGCCUCAUUGUCAUUGCCAAUAGUGGCAUGAUUUCCCUGACCUGCUUUCUUGUCUUGACAGUUUCAUACAUUGGCAUUCUUGUUAUGCUGAGAACUCUUUCUUCUGAAGGACGCCUCAAAGCCCUCUCCACUUGCGCCUCCCACAUCACAGUUGUGAUCUUAUUUUUUGGACCCUGCAUCUUCAUCUACCUGAGGCCUUCCACCACAUUCUCAGAGGACAAGAGUGUGGCCUUAUUCUAUACCAUCAUCACCCCUAUGCUCAACCCUUUAAUUUACACCCUGAGAAAUGAAGAGGUGAAAAAUGCAAUGAGAAAGUUAUGGAGCAAAAAAGUACUUUGGAGUUAG